AAUCAGAUCAUUAUCGUGGAAUUACAAAUAAUGCAUUGAAAAAAGCAAAAGAAAAAGGCACCUUUAAUCAACAUAAUUAUUUAGAGCAAUUAUGUUAUCCUCAUUAUCUUAAUAUUAUUGAGCCUGAUCGCAAUAAAUUACCAGCUAAUCGUAUGCGAAACACUAAUAUACAAAAUAAUGUAGUUGUUAAUAAUAUGAGACCAUUAUCAUUUGGUGACAAGAUUGCGUUAAUGACUAAAAUAUUAUAUGACAAACAGAGAAAAGAAAAUCAAAUACUUGAAUUGGAUCCAAAUCGCUUUCAAACAUUGCUUGAAAAUGCUGAACCAUUAUUGAAAGGAUUCUUUAAUGAGUUAUAUAAUUCAUUUAUUCCAGAAAGAAGGUCUGCUUAUAAUAAAAAAGAGGACAAAAAAAAGCGUCAGGUGCAUCAUGUGACGCAAUCAAUACAAUGCAUAAUGCUGGCAUUUCUGUUUGUUACAAAACUGUUGAAAACUAUAGCUAAUGCACAUCCAGAAAAUAUUCGAAAGUAUUUUACUGAAAAGACAUUUCACCAUAUUAAAUGCACACCUAUUAAAAUAACCACUAGUGAUAAAAGGCAAGAAAGAAAGAAAAGAAACAAUUCAAAAUAUAAACUUAUUAUUUUAAAUGAAGAAGUUGAUGUUAUGUGUUUACCAACAGAUUAUAGUACCAGAGUUCCUUCCUUACCAGAAUUUUGUGACAAUUGCUAUAAAAAAUUGGAUGAUGAUGGUGGUGACACUAUAUUAAUCUGUGGUCAUAAUUUUCAUUGGCAUUGCUAUGAUCAAAUGGAAUAUGGAUGUCGACACUGUGAACAAUAUUACAAAAAUGGAAUAAAUAAGAAUAUUAAUUCAUUUUUACAAAGACUUGAAAAAGGAACUAAUACAUUUUCUGAAAAUGAUAGAUUUGAAGAAGAACUACAAAAUUUAGAAGAAGAUACAGAAAAGCAUGAAAAUAUUCAAGAGAUAUAA